AUGAAGGUAGCAACCGUUAUCAUAGCCUUCUUAGGUGCUUUGGCUUAUGCCACAUCCACUGCCCAAUCCUACAUUUUGACCAUAGAUGAACAGCAACCCGCUUGGAAGGCCAAAUUGGAUGACCUUAAGUCUUUAGUCAAACAAGCUGGAGGGAGGAUUACUCAUGAGUACUCUCUCGUGAAGGGGUUCUCAAUGGAACUUCCUGCAGAAAGCUCCAAGGGCAUAGUUGACAGAUUGGAAAGCUUCGCCAGUCGUUUGAAAUGCAAGCUUCAUAUAGAACAGGACCAAGAAGUGCAUGCUUUUGGUGGCCACGGGUCUUUUAACUGA